CGGGCGCCGCGCGAGCCUGCCGCUGCCAUGCCUCCGCGCGCGCCGCCUGCGCCCGGGCCCCGGCCGCCGCCCCGGGCCGCCACCGCCGCCGCGGACGUGGGGGGUGCCAGCGGGCCCGGGCUCCGGCCGCUCGCGCCGCGUCCCUGGCGCUGGCUGCUGCUGCUGGCGCUGCCCGCCGCCUGCUCCGCGCCGCCGCCGCGCCCCGUCUACACCAACCACUGGGCAGUGCAAGUGCUGGGCGGCCCGGCCGCGGCGGACCGCGUGGCCGCGGCGCACGGCUACCUCAACUUGGGCCAGAUUGGAAACCUGGAAAAUUACUACCAUUUUUAUCAUAGCAAAACCUUUAAAAGGUCGACUGUGAGUAGCAGAGGCCCUCACACCUUCCUCAGAAUGGAUCCCCAGGUGAAAUGGCUCCAACAACAAGAAGUUAAACGGAGGGUGAAGAGGCAGGUGCGAAGUGAGCCUCAGGCCCUUUAUUUCAACGACCCCAUUUGGUCCAACAUGUGGUACAUGCAUUGUGGUGACAAGAACAGUCGCUGCCGAUCGGAAAUGAAUGUCCAGGCAGCAUGGAAGAGGGGCUACACGGGAAAAAACGUUGUGGUUACCAUCCUCGAUGAUGGCAUCGAGAGGAAUCACCCCGACCUGGCCCCAAAUUAUGAUUCCUACGCGAGCUAUGAUGUCAAUGGAAACGAUUACGACCCAUCUCCACGAUAUGAUGCCAGCAAUGAAAAUAAACACGGUACUCGUUGUGCAGGAGAAGUUGCCGCUUCAGCCAACAACUCCUACUGCAUCGUGGGCAUAGCAUACAAUGCAAAAAUAGGAGGCAUCCGCAUGCUGGACGGGGACGUGACGGAUGUGGUUGAGGCAAAGUCGCUGGGCAUCAGGCCUAACUACAUCGACAUUUACAGCGCCAGCUGGGGGCCAGACGACGACGGCAAGACAGUGGACGGGCCUGGCCGACUUGCUAAACAGGCCUUGGAGUAUGGCAUUAAAAAGGGCCGGCAGGGCCUAGGCUCCAUUUUCGUCUGGGCAUCGGGGAAUGGUGGGAGAGAGGGGGACUACUGCUCCUGUGACGGCUACACCAACAGCAUCUACACCAUCUCCGUGAGCAGCACCACCGAGAAUGGCUACAAGCCGUGGUACCUGGAGGAGUGUGCAUCCACCCUGGCCACCACCUACAGCAGCGGGGCAUUUUAUGAGCGGAAAAUCGUCACCACGGAUUUGCGUCAGCGCUGCACCGACGGCCACACUGGGACCUCAGUUUCAGCCCCCAUGGUGGCGGGCAUCAUUGCCUUGGCUUUAGAAGCAAACAACCUGUUAACCUGGAGGGAUGUGCAGCACCUGCUGGUGAAGACCUCCAGGCCGGCCCACCUGAAAGCAAGUGACUGGAAAGUCAAUGGUGCUGGUCAUAAAGUUAGCCAUCUCUACGGAUUUGGCUUGGUGGACGCAGAAGCCCUGGUCAUGGAGGCGAAGAAGUGGACAGCAGUGCCCUCGCAACAUGUGUGCAUCGCCACCGUAGACAAGAGGCCCAGGAGCAUCCCUGUGGUGCAGACACUACGGACCACCGCCCUGACCGCUGCCUGCGCAGACCACUCGGACCAGCGUGUGGGCUACCUGGAGCACGUGGUGGCUCGUAUCUCUAUCUCCCACCCGCGCCGAGGAGACCUCCAGAUCCACCUGAUUUCUCCCUCGGGAACCAAGUCUCAACUUUUGGCAAAGAGAUUGCUGGAUCAUUCCAACGAAGGGUUUACAAACUGGGAAUUCAUGACUGUGCACUGUUGGGGAGAGAAGGCUGAGGGGGAAUGGACCUUGGAAAUCCAAGACAUACCGUCCCAGGUCCGCAACCCGGAGAAGCAAGGGAAGUUGAAAGAAUGGAGCCUCAUCCUGUACGGCACGGCGGAGCACCCAUACACCACCGUCAGUUCCCAUCAGUCACGCUCUCGGAUGCUGGAGCUCUCGGCCUCGGAGCUCGAGCCACCCAAAACCGCUCUGUUGCCGUCCCAGGCCGAGGUUCCCGAGGACGAAGAGGACUACACAGCUCCUUCCACGCAUGGCUCUCCUAAUAUUUUACAGACCAGUGUGUGCCAUCCGGAGUGUGGAGACAAAGGCUGUGAUGGCCCCAAUGCAGACCAGUGCCUGAACUGUGUCCACUUCAGCCUGGGGAACGUCAAGACCAGCAGGAAGUGCGUGAGCGCGUGCCCCCUGGGCUACUUUGGGGACACAGCAGCAAGACGCUGUCGCAGGUGCCACAAGGGGUGUGAGACCUGCUCGGGCAAGAGCCCGACCGAGUGCCUGUCUUGCCGUCGCGGGUUCUAUCACCAUCAGGAGAUGAACAGCUGUGUGACCCUCUGUCCUGCCGGAUUUUAUGCUAAUGAAAGUCAGAAAAGUUGCCUUAAGUGCCACACAAGCUGUAAAAAGUGCAUUGAUGAACCAGAGAAAUGUACUGUCUGUAAAGAGGGAUUCAGCCUUGCACGGGACACCUGCAUUCCAGACUGUGAACGGGGCACCUACUUUGACUCUGAGCUGGUCAGAUGUGGGGAAUGCCAUCACACCUGCCAAACCUGCGUGGGGCCCAGCAGAGAAGAAUGUAUUCACUGUGCGGCAAACUUCCACUUCCAAGACUGGAAAUGCGUGGCCGCCUGUGGCGAGGGCUUCUACCCAGAGGAGAUGCCAGGCUUGCCCCACAAAGUGUGCCGGAGGUGCGACGAGAACUGUUUGAGUUGUGAAGGCUCCAGCAGGAACUGCAGCAGGUGCAAGCCGGGCUUCACGCAGCUGGGGACCUCAUGCAUCACCAACCACACAUGCAGCAACGCUGACGAGACGUUCUGCGAGAUGGUGAAGUCCAACCGGCUCUGUGAACGGAAGCUCUUCAUUCAGUUCUGCUGCCGCACGUGCCUCCUGGCCGGGUAGUGGUGCCCGGCCGCCCGCAGAGGGCAGGGCCCCUCCCGUCCAUCCAUCUUUCUCCAGACUGUUGGCCAGAGCCUGUUUCAGGGGUGGUGCCCUGCAUCUGACAGCUUUAUCUUCCCAGGAGCAAAGUCCUUCUGCCGCAUCUCUGGGCACCCAGACCAAGUGGGUGGUGGGCCUUCAAGAGAUGUUCCUAAAACAGUGACAGUCUCUCAAACUUUGCUUGUUGGCUACAUUCUUCUGGCAAACUCAAAACAGGAACAAAAUGAAUUCCAGGACUUCACAGCUCCAGCUUUGGAGCAACUUCUGGAACCAUAAGUUUACUGAAUCUUCAAGACCAAAGCAGAAAGGCAAAAUGCUUGGCAUAACACAUCACUCUUCUCCCCGUGCUUUUGUGCAGCUCCAUAGUAAAUCUCACCUACUGGGGCCCGGCCCGCAGAACCCUGGGCCAUCCUCAUCGUGAAGGGCCGAGCGCACACCUGCUCAUCCGCCUGCCACAGAGCAGUCUGGGGGACAGUUUGGUCAGACUGUAAAUAGAAUAGAUUUGGGGACAUAAAAUGUAUGACCACUGGGGAUGGAGCAUCUAUUUCUACAUAGUCAGCUGCUUCUGAAACUGCUGUGAUGGCUUAGAAAGUCAAAUUCCAAACCCGGAUGGGAAGAGCCUUCCCUUCUCUGCAGCCCUCUCCUGUGAGUGAGCCGAGCGCCCCUUGUCACUGCGUUCUGUCUGUGUCUCUGGGAGUCUCAUGGCCCAAAUGAGCACCUCUACCUGAUGCAGAGCCUUUUGAAGGGGGUCCCCAGGAGGCGUCUGGGGGCCAGCCAAAGGUGCCCUGACAACCAAGCAAUUCCUCUUACCAAAAUGUAAAGCCAGCCCGUGAAUUGUGAGUCAUCUUUCGCUUCCCGUUUUGUGGAGUGGCUUUUAAAAUACAUUUGGCCUCUGCUCUUCAGACUUGUUCAUAAGGUGGAUGCUCCUGUGUCUGUGUGCACUAUGAGCCUCGCGACACGGUUGGAUUUAUUUCUGCCAAACCUGUGUAGGCAUUUUAUAAGCUACAUGUUCUAAUUUUUACCGAUGUUAAUUAUUUUGACAAAUAUUUCAUAUAUUUUCAUUGAAAUGCACAGAUCUGCUCGAUCAGUUCCCUUAGUAUGGGGGUAACAUUUGCCUUAAAUUUUUCCAAGCUCAUUCUUCUCUGUUUUGUCCUGCUCCCUCUUUGACUGUAAUGCAUUUGCCUUGUCCCCUGGGAGCUGGGGGAACCCAGCUGUUGUUUAUUGAUCCACAUCUCCAAAAAGGAAAUCCACAAUGUUAACCCUAAAUUAAUAAAAGAGUUAACAUCCCAUGGCAAAGGAGCCUGUAUAUCUUUCCAAGGCACAACAAUUAAACAUGGAUGCUGA